UCAUUCAAUUAGAAACACGGUUUAGAAUAAUAUUUCACUGGCGUCUCUCUCUCUCUCAUAUUCAUGCUCGCACUGCCCUGAUCGCACUGCUGUAAACUCGUCUAUGAGAAACGCGUAGUCUAUUCGAGUCGGGCUGCCUGGCUACCUCGCAUCGUUAAAACCUUGGUUUAGAGGACAGGAUAAGAUAUAGCGGCUACUAAAACAGCAACACAAAUAUGGUCGGGAUGAGAGAUGUGGUUUGCCUCCUGCUGCCAGCCGUCGUGCUGUUCGGCACAUCGAUGCAGGUGGAAGUGAAAGGUGGGAAAGAGGGAGAAAAAGCAGGGAAUUUCAUGGAAGAUAAGCAAUGGCUAUCAACCAUUUCUCAGUACAGCCGGAAGAUCAAACACUGGAAUCGCUUCAGAGACGAAGUUGAGGAUGACUACAUCAGGAAUGUGGAGGAAACCCCAGGCUCGGAUGAAACUGUGGACACCACCAAGGAUCCGUGCCAGAAGGUGAAGUGUAGCCGCCACAAGAUCUGUGUUACCCAGGGUUACCAGAGAGCAACGUGUGUCAAUGUCAACCGGAAGAAGCUGGAGCACAGAAGCAGACAGCCUGUAGAGCUGAUGCCUCAUGAGAACACCUGUAAGCCCUGCCCUGUGGUUGCUGCCUCCCCUGUGUGUGGUACGGAUAAACACAACUACGCCUCUCAGUGUAAGUUGGAGCAGCAGGGCUGUUUAACAGGGAAGGAUCUGAGUGUGAAAUGCCAGGGCAUGUGCCCCUGUGCCACCGCUGCCGCCCCCAUCACAGAGACAGAGGACAAACACGCAGAGAGCUGUACCGGGCAGGACCUGGCAGACCUUGGAGACCGCCUCAGAGACUGGUUCCAACUGCUCCAUGGAAACGCCAAGCAGAACAACUCAGGCAAGCCUGGACCUGGCACCGCCUCAGUCCUGGACAAGAGCCUGGUGGCCAGCUGUAAGGAUUCCAUAGGCUGGAUGUUCUCGAAGCUGGAUACUAAUACUGACCUGUAUCUGGACCAGGCCGAGCUGGCAGCUAUCAACCUGGACAAGUAUGAGGUGUGCAUCCGCCCCUUCUUCAACUCCUGUGACGGCUACAAGGAUGGGAGGGUAUCCACCGCAGAGUGGUGCCUCUGCUUCUGGAGGGAAAAGCCCGCUUGUCUGGCUGAACUAGAGAGGAUCCAGGUUCAACAAGUGGCCAAGAAGAAGCCUGGCAUGUACAUCCCCAGCUGCGAUGAGGACGGCUACUACAGGCAGCUGCAGUGUGACCAGAGCAUGGGAGAGUGUUGGUGUGUUGACCAGCACGGAGGAGAAAUUAUGGGCUCUAGAAUCCAUGGCAACCCUGACUGUGAUGAACUGCUGGGAUAUUCCGGAGAUUUUGGGAGUGGCGUGGGAUGGGAGGAUGAGGAAGAGAAGGAGGAGAACGGAGAAGAGGCGGAGGAGGAGGAGGAAGAGGAAGAGGGGGAGGCAGACGACGGAGGAUACAUCUGGUAGAAACUGAACCCAAACGGAGAACCUGGUCAGGAUGGAUCCACUGGCCUACAACUACAGGGAUGAUGGCUGAGGCUUGCGUCCCAAAUGGCACCCUAUUCCCUAUGUAGUGCACUACUUUUGACCAGGUCUCAUAGGGACACCCAUAGGGGGUCUGUCAAAAGUAGUGCACUAUAUAGGGAAUAGGGUGUCACUUGGGAUGCAAGCAUCUUUGUCUCCUAACAGCAAAAGAUUUGGGGAUUUCGGGGCAUGGAAUUCUGUCUCUAUUGUUGCCGUGUGGAUCUGGGGAGUGGGAGGUGGGGGGGGGGGGGGGGGGGUACAGUGGUGAGAUUGCUAGUUUUUGUCUUAAAUAUGUGAAUUAUUGCUUCAUUCUUUUCUGUUUUGUAAGCAAGAGAGCGUUCUGUUUCACCAUAGAGAACUAUCAUCUGAUAAUCUGGCCAUCAAAAUGUUACUGUCAGAAAUGCAUCUAGUAUCAUACAUUUAUGUUCCAUUGUGAACAAUUGCUUGAAUAUUGAAAUCGCAGAUCUGCUAAAAAUGGAACGGAUUGAGACCUGAGACGGUGGGAAAGGGUUCACUAUUUACCUGGUUGUGUUGUCAAAAUCAGAGUUGCUGCGUAUAUAAAUCCUGUAGCUAUGAUCUAUGAAGCAGGACAACGAGACUAGACUACUCUAUAUCCCAAAUGGAACACUCUUCCCUUUAUAGUGUACAGCUUUUUAAUCAGGGCCCAUAAAGCUCUGGUCUGAAGUCGUGCACUAUGCAGGGAUUAGGGAGCCACUUGGGAUGCAAGCCUCUCUUUUAGAGGGUGAUUCCACUACUGAGAGAAAUUAUUAUUUUUCUCUUAAAGGUUUCUUAACGGAGCAUAUUUCUCGGUUCGAUCUUUAUUUAAAAAAAAUUGUAUUUCACCUUUAUUUAACCAGGUAGGCUAGUUGAGAACAUGUUCUUGACGCGGAUGUCGUCAAAGUAAUGUUGCUCAUUGGAUAAUUUGUGAAAAUGACCGUGUUUUCGUGCAUUAUGUGGGUAAAUUCAGGACUGAGAAACAGGCUUGUUAUGAAGGAAGACUUUUGUGCUACUUUAUUGCUAAAAGGAACACUGAUGUACAUGGCUCUCUGCGGUUUAUAAACCUUUAAAAUACUAUAUAUAUCGAUUAACAUAGACACAAUAACUACUAAUAUCUCUUAUGAAACUGCUAUGGGAACUUUGUUACUUAUUGAGUUAUUUCAACUCAAAACUUGUAGAAUGUAUAUUACUUGUCCCAUCAACCUACACCACCAAGGGUAACAUCCCAAAUGACACCCUAUGCCCUAUAUAGUGCACUACUUUCUAUCCAGGGCUCAUACAGACUCUCUGGUCCAAAGUAGUGUACUAUAUAGGGAAUGGUCUUCCAUUUGGGAUGCAGACACUACCUUAUCCAAUGGGAACUCUGUAAAUCACUUCAAAGAAUGGUGUCAGUCGAUGUUCUAUUCUCAGUCUUUAUUUUUGGUGUUCAUAAAACAACGCGUAUAUGCUACUUGAAGUUCUGUGUGUAUACUUGAAAUCUCACCGUUAGAUGGUUUAUCUACGAGUAUAUUGUUGCCAUUAUUAUUCCAUCACUUCAGUUGUUUUUAGUAUGUGGCAUGUUAUAGUGAACAUGAAUGUACUUCUCCUAGGCUGAGCACUUUACUAUUAAAGGCAUUGGGGCCCCCAAAAAACC